UGCUGCAGAGGUCGGUGUCACAAUGGAGACCUAAGAAGAAUCCAGUGAGCGGAGCGAUGGUCAUAUUAUAUCUCUACAUCUUCCAGUUCUGUUUGAUGCCGCAAUGUGUGACCCUAUGGAGAUCGGGGAUGGAAAGUCCAGCCUGCUCCCUCAAGCUUUCUGAUGUCAUUGAUGAAUUUGAAUAUUUUCAGGAUGGAGAUUUGAUCAUUGGAGGAGUGCUCACUCUGAGGUCAAAAAUCGAAUAUCUAGCACUGAUUGAAGAAAAGACAUACAGCUCAUCUGUUCGGUAUUACGUGAACCUCCUAGCUUUCCUCUACGCAAUUGAUAAUAUCAACCAGGAUCCAGACAUCUUACCCAAUAUCACUCUCGGCUUCCAUCUAUAUGACUCAUGGCUGGAACCCAAGAAGGGUGUACAGAGUGUUCUGCAGAUCUUAUCUGGACCAAAUGGGACAGUUCCUAAUUAUUCAUGUAAAGGACAAGGCAAGCUGGCCGGUGUUAUUGGAGAUCAAUAUUCAUCCACUACAAUCCCAAUCGCCGAAAUCCUCGGACUGUACAGAUACACACAGGUCAGCUAUGGAGCCACCGACUACUCAUUAAGUGACAGACUCCUUUACCCGCAUGUAUUCAGGACCGUUCAGAAUGAUCAUGUCUGUUAUUUUGGGAUUGCCAAACUAGUGAAACAUUUUGGCUGGAAUUGGGUUGGAAUACUUUUCUCAGAUGAUGAUACUGGAGAGACGGAGACACAAAUUCUGAAGAGACAUUUGGCUUCCCAGGAGAUUUGUGUGGCUUUUGAAAAAAGAAUAACUGUAAAUCAUGCUGCAAUGGAUCAGUGGACAGACACACUUCAUGAAGUAAAUUGUAAAGUUCUAAUACUUUGCGGUUCCUUCACAAGCAAUGCUCAAACAUACAUUGUUGAAUACACUCGGAUCAACAAAAACAAUAUACUUAUCCUCCCCCCAGCCUGGACUUUAGAGAAAAUCCAGUCAAUAACUUUUUAUCAAAGUUUUAUAACAUCUUUGCAUUUCAAGUUUUUUGAUCUACAAAUUCUUAGAAAUACAAAUCUAUUUGAUGAGGAUUUAUUGUCAAAAGGUCCACAAGUUCAGCUUUUGUUGGAUGAUCUGACCGUAACAUUAUACAAUAUAACAUCAACUCAAAAUGGAAAGAAUAUUUAUUUCCAAAAAUGUACCACUUCUAGUGACGCGCUAAUAAGAUUGACUCUUUCAAUGUCUGGCAAACAAACGCUUUAUGGAGAAUCUUUACAAGUGUAUUUUGCGGUAGAAGCGAUGGCUGAAGCUAUACAUUAUUUCACCAAGAUCAAUCGUAGUUUUAAUAUUAACAGAUUUAAGCAGAGCAUCUCUGAACUCUUCAAGGCCUCUGGGAACAACGUGGCGAGUUCCAAGAUGGCACGGUCCCAGCCGGACGAAGAUGACUUCAGCGAGGACUCGCAAUACACAGCCGAGGACUCAGGUAGGAGCCGCUCUCGUUCCAACAAGCCACUUACCUUUGCAGACAUGUCGGUCAUUGCGGCUGACAUUAAGGCCACGUUCUCGGCAGCGAUAACGGACCUGAAGUCCAACCUGCUGGUCUUAUCAGACAAAAUGGAGGCUGUGGAAGUGAAGGGGAAGCAGAGAGAUAGAGCUAUACGAAGGCUAGAAAAGGUGGUGGACACUCAUGCUUCUCACUUUAUUGAAAUUAACCACCACUUAGAGGAUUUGGACAAUCGUGGCCGUAGAUGUAACAUUAGAGUGAUGGGGAUACCAGAGUCGGUUGAGAGCGAUCAGAUUGUUCCUGCACUACAAAGAGUGUUCAAUAGCCUGUUGGAGAGGCAAGAGGACACUGUGAUUGACUUUGUUAGAGCGCACAGGGCUCUCAGGGCUAGGGGCCCGGAUGAUGCUCCACCUAGGGACAUUAUUUGUUGUCUCCAGAGCUUUCCACUUAAGGAAGAUAUAAUGCGGAAGGCACGUGGUAAACAAGCAUAUCGUUUUCAAUGGCACGGAUAUUAUGUGGUUCCAGGAUCUAUCACAAAUCACACUGAGAAAUCGUAG